UCCGUUUUGUCUCGUCCACAUCGGCGUUCUUCUUCUUCAUCGGUCGUCACCCCUUUCCUCCUCAGUCCUCACUCACGCCCGCAGUGCCACGCGGACGUCGAUGGGGAAGUGGAUCAGGUCGCUGGUGGGCCUCAAGGCGCCGUCGUCGUCCGCCGCGCCGGGGAAGGGGCCGCGGAAGUGGAGCCGGCUGUGGCGGGGCGCGUCCAGGGACGCCGCCGGGGGCUCCGAGACGUCCUCGACCACGUCGUCCACGGUCGUCGCGGCCGUGGCGCGGGCGCCGCCCGCAGACUUCCGCGUGAUCAGGCAGGAGUGGGCCGCCGUCCGCAUCCAAGCCGCCUUCCGCGCCCUCCUGGCGAGGCGGGCGCUGAAGGCGCUGCGGGGCAUCGUGCGGCUGCAGGCGCUGGUGCGCGGCCGGCUGGUGCGGAGGCAGCUCGCCGUCACGCUCAGCCGCAUGGAGGCGCUGCUGAGGGUGCAGGAGCGCGCCAUGGAGCGCCGGGCGCGCUGCUCCGCCGACGCGCACUCGCAGUCACAGGACGCGCCCACCGACCGCAACGGCCGCGCCCACCCUCUCAGGGAAACCGAGGAACAAUGGUGUGACAGGCAGGGUUCUGUCAACCAAGUAAAAUCAAGGAUGCACAUGAAGCAUGAGGGCGCAGUGAAGAGACAAAGGGCAAUUGCUUAUGCUCAUUCUCACCAGCGACAGAGUUCAAGAUACAGUGGAAGGCCAAGCUCCCCUGCAAGGUCCCUCAGGAACCACGAGUCUUAUAUAGAAGGAUGGAUGGCAACAAAACCCUGGGAGAGCACGCAUGUGGACUCAAACCUCGGCGAGUCGCGGCGUCUACAGAGCUACAAGGAGAAGAUGAACUUUGAAGAUUCCAAAUAUUCAUGUGCUGGCUCCAUCAAGAUCAGAAGAAACAAUGAGUCAACCAGGGUUGAAGCAAUGCCUCAACUGGCUCUCUCGGCUUCCUCUUCGGACUUUGGGUGCGAUGAGAGCUCUCCGUCGACAUCUUCGAUGACCCCUGGAUACUCUGCCAACACCUUGGGAUCAGAGGCGAGAUCCGGCAGUGGUGGAGGGCCGGGCUACAUGAGCUUGACCAAAGCUGCUAAAGCAAGGCUGGAGGACGCCAGCGACAGUCGUAGAGGGCCGUUUCAGCUACAGAGGCAGCGAUCUGGGGGCGUGCCGUAUUACAACAGAAGGGUAGCACUCUCGUCGUUGGACUCCGAGAGCAAUGCCGGCUCGGAUGUUUCGGUCGCCGCAAGGAGAUUGAACAGCUUGUCUCUGAAAGGCCAGAGCAUGACCCGAAGCUUGGACAAGGAGAAUGAGAGUUGGUUCUAGGUUGUUACUUGCUCGCAUGGACAAACCCAGUUUGCACCUUGCAUACUUUUUUCACAAGUUUCUUCUGCUUUAGCAUUAUAUUUGUACACACCCAGUGUCAAGUUCAUGUCCUCAUUGCUUGCAUCAAUAAAUAUCUUAGAUGACAUUGGUCAGACAAUUGCAAAGAACACUGAGUUGGAAAAAAAACGGCCAUCUAAUGUGUUACUGGCAUGUGGUCCCAACCGCCUCACUGAGUUGGUAUAUCCUCCUAAUUUAAAACC